AUGUUGGAUGUUGAGGAGACGAAAGGGCGUCGCUUCCCCUUCAUGUCCCUCAUUGCUGCAAACAUCAAGGAGACGAAGGGGCGACCUUUCCCCUUCGUCUUCCUCAGAGAUCUAUUUGAUUGUGUUGAUAUGUACAAACAACCAGCAUUUGACCACCCGUUGUUGAAAAAUCAUACUCUCCAGUUAAAACCAAGUAGUCUUCCAAAAGGAAUAAAGCUUGCAAAAGUUAAACCAGCUUCUUUUUACGGAUUCAAUGAUACUUGUCCUUUUGGUACUAUUCUCAUCCAUCGUGCUCAUAAACAAGAUUUAAUUGAGUCUCUGCACUUGAGAAACCAAUUUAGAGCACAAGUCAUAGCUGACAACCCAAUUGCAAAAGGAAGUCACUACGCAAUAAUUCAAACCGAACAUGGUCCAUUUUAUGGAGCUUAUGCAAAAAUGGCAACUUAUAAGCUUCCAGAUUUACAAGCUGGUCAAACAUCAUCUAGCACUAUAUAUCUUUUUGGCGAUACGAAUGUUCCAAACAAUGAACUCAAUGUAAUCCAGGCUGGUUGGCAUGUAUCAACAGUAUUGUACAAUAUCAGUUAUCCUCGAUUUUUUACUUAUUGGACAAGUGACGGAUAUGAGAAAAUUGGAUGUGGGAAUUUGCUUUGUGCUGGUUUUAUUAGCACCACUAAUAUUUAUGGAUCUGGAAGUUUUAUUCCUGAAUUUUCCACUUAUGACGGCGAACAAAAAUAUCUAGCUAUACUGAUAGCUAGGGAUUCUAUCACAGGAAGUUGGUGGGUUACUUAUGAUGAUCGGCUACCUCUUGGGUAUUUCCCUAAGGAAUUACUUCCGAAGAUGGAUGAUUAUUCAGAUGCUAUUCAAAUGGGUGGACAUGUUUACUCUCCCUUGAAUGUGCCAAGUCCUCCGAUGGGCAGUGGUCAUCCGACUAACGAAGGACGUAAUAAAGCUGCUUAUUUCAUUCAAGUUCAGUCAGUGGAUCAAUCAAAUAAUUUGGAUUUGAAUGUUUAUUAUGUUAGGUCUAAGUUUGAUAUUGAUAAUUAUUAUAAUAUAGCGGAUGAUCAUUAUGCAAAUGAUAAAGAUAAAUAUGUUUUUGCUUAUGGAGGAACUGGAGGUUUUACGGAGUGA